AAAAUACGACAAUAAAAACGAGGAAGCGAAGCGCACAAAUUGCUCGUGUUGCAGCUGCGAUUAAAUUCAAAUAGAAAACUACACCUGUGCCGAUUAGUCAGAGUGUUCUUGAAGCACGCACCCUGUCACUGCUAUGCGAUCACCAUACCUGCAGAGCAAUCAUGCUGUCCAUUAUGCAAGGAUCUUUUCAGUGCCAACUUUACCAGACAUAGUUCUAAAGCGAUAGUUGUAUAGUUCCUGAUCGGCACGCUCUAAUUUCAGCUUUUCGGCAAAGCGCCUUUUUCAUGAAUCUACAAGGUGCGCAAACAUAGAUAAUCAUAAAUCUAGUAGAAAAAUAUUGUUCCGCGCACCCUAUUUUGCCAUCAAUGCGCCUCGAUCUAAUCCUUUUAGUGAAAUUAAGAAAAUGAAAACUAUGUUGAAAAUCGGAGACAGUACUAUCAGUAUCAUGGAGUAUCUGUUAUUUUUCCUAGUAUGAACACGAAGGGCCUGAUUAGCGACAUGUUUUACUUAAUUUAAAUUAAGGCUCAGUUAGUAGUUGCGUAUUUCUUCGAAAUUUCCUCGACCAUGAAAAAACAAGAACAAAUCAAAACAACACCUCCUAUGAUCUACUUACCUUAAUUUUGCAGACAUUUUCGGCGACCGCAGAGAAACACUGUAAGGACUGUGCUGAAUUUACAAAAAGAAUGCGACAAUCCUUGACAUCCGAUGGCGAUGGUGCUUCCCGCCGAUUCCGCCAACGCGCCAGAGGCCCAAUGACCGCGUUGUGGUGCAGCGGCCUGCUGCUCGGAUCCAUUCUCCUUUCAACACCAAGGGCAGUUGCGAGCGCGGCAAGCAACUUUGGUGCCGGGGCCGAACUCGAACAAGCGGACAGCACGCAAACAGGUGACGCCGAAUUCGAAGACGUAAUUUUCACGCCAAAAGCCACUGACAAGGAUGCGCCAGAAGACUGGAGCGUUGCAGCGAAGUUACCCCUGCAGCACUGCUUCUCGACCGCACCGGAGUGUUACCCCCGGGGAACGCUGUUGCUGAAGAAAAACGCAGCGCGCAUCGACGACGCGCAGAAGUUUGAGGAGAUGCGAGACAGCGACACGCUGAAAACUUUGCUGGAGGAGUGUGGCAAGUCGCCGAGCGGGUUCUACUCCGUCAAGCUGUGGAAGAAGGAGGACUCUUUUCUGCUCACCUCCAUUCCGUGCGCCAUCCUGAAAAUCGAGGACGCCCAUGACAGUCUGGAGGUGGCUCUCACCACCGGCGGCGAUACCCCAGCGAAACUGAAUGCUCCACUUCGAUCGCUAACGAUGAGCGAAUCACUUUGGUACUUACUACUUGCAUGUCACUCAAAUCCGUCUACGAUUACGGACUGAUAUUCUUGUUGUAUGUUCUCAGAUUUUCCAAUUUGAAUUUCCACAUGGUAUAAUGCGAGCGAGUUGUCUCCGGGCGUCCGUGCAAUUACUACUGAAGCGAUCGUACAUCAGAAGGAUCGAAGUCAGAGUGUCACUUCUCGUCUCUGGCAUAAGGCAAGUGUUGGGAAUCAAUUAUCGAGCACAAGCUGCCUGGGGCCUGAAUUUGUUCGAGCAUACAGCGGUAUAAGCUAAUAUAAAAUUUCAUCAUUUUCUCAUUGACGGCAAUCGAGGAGCACAUCAGACAUAGCCAGGCUUUGGCUCUCUUUACGUUUGCACUUGGUCAUAACUACGACAUGACCAGACUUUUAAUUCUUUUAGUUUCGAGAAAGCACCAGCACGCACCAUCGCUGCGACUGAAACUUGAUCAACAAAAAUCGCUUUCGACGGCACAGGUGCGACUAAACAAGGGCCAGCAGAGUCCGUCCCCAGUGAUCCCCCCAAAGCCAGUACCACGCGAGGGGCAAGAGCAAGAACCACAGGGCAUGAUGGGCUUUCUCCGGAAAUACUGGUGGGCGUUCCUCAUCCUCUUUCUCGUUUUGCAGCUCAUGGGGGCGCAGGAAGAAGGCAAGUGAUACUAACACUAACGUGGUGCACCUCAUGUCUGUCUCUGUUCUUCGCUGACUUAGCAGGACCUGUAGCCUGGAGGUCUGGUCGUUUCAUUUGACAAAAAAGAGAUCGUAAAUCGCAAUGUAUGAAUACGCAUUGAGAUGGACGUGAGCAUGAGUGCACUGAUUGUAACUGCUCGAAAAUAACUUCAACUCUCCCAAAAAGCACAAGGAAGUAUCAAAACGACCGCGACCGACCUCAAUGAGCGCCAGUGCGCGGAGAAGAUGAAUCCAAAAUAGCUGGAUAUAGACUUAAUGGUAUCUGCAACUGUAGACCGCAUAGGUAUACGUAAAUCUAAAUGACUACUACCACUACGUUUGUUGGCACCACGCUCGAUCAAUUAUCGCUCACGAUCGUGGUGUUCGCCCGCAUUCCUUCUGUUUGCUCCUUCGUCUGCCUGCAUGUUGCUGCACGAGGCUACUUUUUUUUGAGACCGAAGUUGGACAAAGAGGAAAACAUGUCGCCAGAAUCGCAAGGGCUGUAAACUGAAUACUCGCGAAGGAAAAAUGGAAAUGAGCGUAGGGUAUCUUCAAACUGAGAUGCAAUGGAAUGCUACUAUAUGGACAGCCAAUAUGGCGUUUUUUUCUGGCUGC